AUGGCAGAAGGUUCAGCAAAAGACCAUGAAUUGUUCACUUGCCCCGUCUGUCUGGAUCUACUGAAGGAGCCGGUGACUAUUGCCUGUGGACACAGUUACUGUAUGGGCUGCAUUAACGACUGCUGGAAUCAGGAAGAUAAGAAAGGAAUUUUCAGCUGCCCCCAGUGCCGACAGUGUUUCUCUCCAAGGCCUGUUCUGAGCAAAAACAACAUAUUUUCUGAAUUAGUGGAGCAAAUGCGGAGGACAGCAAAUCAGACUGCUUCUCCUGCAGAUGAACAUGCUGAGGCUGGACAAGCCGAGUGUGAUGUUUGUACUGGGAAAAGACACAAAGCUGUCAAGUCCUGCCUGGUGUGUCUGGUGUCUUACUGUGAAUCUCACUACAAAGUCCACAACUUGAUGAACCCAGGACGGAAGCACAAAGUGAUUGAUGCCACAACUAGCCUACAGGAAAAAAUCUGCUCUCGGCAUGAGAAGGUACUGGAAAUCUUCUGCAAGACUGACCAGAGUUGUAUCUGCUACCUGUGCACAAUGGAUGAACACAAUGGACAUAAGACCAUUUCAGCUGCUGCAGAGCGAGCUGAGAAACAGACGCAGCUGGCGGAGACAAAGAGGAAACUCCAGCAGAGUAUCCAGGAAAGAGAACUGGAGCUUAAGGACCUGAGGAAGACUGUGGUAAUGCUCAAGAGCUCUGCACAGGCAGCAAUGGGAGACUGUGAGAGGAUGUUUACGGAGAUGAUCGAGUGCAUCGAGCGAAGGCGCUCUGAGGUGAAACGGCUCAUUGAAGCUCAGGAGAAGACUGAGGUGACUCAGGCUGAAGAACUGGUGAAGCAGCUGGAGCAGAGGAUUGCUGAACUGAAGAGGAGAGAUGCAGAACUAGACCUCCUUCCACACACUGAGGAUCACAUCAACUUCCUCAAGAGAUUCCAGUCUGUCUCUUCAUCAGAUGAAUAUAAAGACCUACCCAGGGUAGUCGUCAAUGAAACCCUCUCUUUUGAGGAUGUGAUGAUAUCUGUCUUUGCAUUGAAGCAGCAAGUGGAGGAUUUCUGCAAGCAGGAAGUCAUUAAGAUAUCUAAAGAAGUGAUCAGCAUCAGAGCUAUUUUGCCUCCUGAGCCAAAGACUAGAGGGGAGUUCCUACUAUAUUACCAUGGCUUCACACUGGAUCCCAACACAUUAUCCAGUAAACUCGUUCUCAUGGAAGGGAACAGAGAGGUGGAAUGGAAUAAUUAUGCACCACGUUUUAAAGGGCUUGUCCAUCCAGACAGAUUUCAGCAUAUGCCUCAGGUUUUGUGUACGGAUGGUGUGUCUGGACGAUGCUAUUGGGAGGUUGAGUGGAGUGGACCAGGGAUUUCCAUAGCAGUCUCAUAUAAAGGAAUCAAUAGACGGGGGCGGGACAGUGAUUUUGGGCGUAAUAAUCUCUCUUGGUGUCUAGAAAAAGACCAGUAUGGCUCUCUCUCUUUUUGGCAUAACAAUGAACAGACACAUCUAUCUACCACUUCCAGUUUCAACAUAGGUGUGUAUGUAGAUUACAGGGUUGGAACUCUGUCCUUCUAUAAUGUCUCUGAUGAUGCAAUGUUCCUUCUGCACAGAGUUCAGGCCACAUUCACUGAGCCCCUCUACCCUGGAUUUAAGAUGUAUCAAAUGACAUCAGCAAAGAUUGUUCAUAUCAUCAUGUUGAGAUAAUAUAGUGAGUCAUAUCAUCAUGAUGAGAUGACUCACUAUUUAAUUCUGUUCCUGUACUGUCCCUGUGCAUAUUUGAGUGUGACUAUAUGUUUAGAGAUAAGAGGGAAUAUAAUGAUUUUGCAAUGUUUCACUGUUCUGCAUGGGUGCAUCCCCUGCGUCAGUAACUAUCUGCUCUAUUGCCAGGUUGACACUAGGGUCUGGUUCAGUCUGGUCUACGUAAAAUGGGAUGACCAAUGCCAUGCAUCUCCUGUCAACCUGGAAGGAGGCUACUUAAACUCUAGCUAAUUCCUUGUCUAGUUAGUUUGUUUUUCCUACUAUUUGCCUGACUGGGUCUUCAUUCGAUCAUCUGUGGUAUCAAAAUUACCAUCACCAGUGAAAAUUUCAAAUGUGUAGCCAAUUCUGUCCAGAUUAAUUUGAUGUUUAAGAUAUUGUGUCUUAUCUAUCCAGUAUCUACAUGUCAAUGUUUUUUGAAUAAAAUAAUAUUUUAAUUGUAA